AUGGCUGCGACUGUACAGCAGGCAACAGGCAGCAGGAACAGGAUCAGCAUCAUCAGCAGCAGCAGCAGCACGGCCAUCUCGUCUCCCCCUUCCUUUGGUGACUUUUGGAUUGUUGGUGCGGGGCUGACUGUCGUGCUGCGCUCUGGCUCAGUGUGCUGUGCUUCGCAGAUUGUACCUGCCGCCGCCGCCGCCUCCGCUGCUGCCUUUGCUCCAGGAACGUCCGAGAUCAAGCGCAAAACCGAAACGUUUGGCAACAACUCGAAACCUUUGUCGAGCCUGUCUUGUGCGGGGAUGCCGCUUGACCCCUCCCAGGCUCAGUAA